GGUGUAAUCCAAAGCAUGCGUGGGAAUUGCAGGUAUGCGCAGCUUAAUCCACUCGUCACACCACCGGCGCAUUUUACCAAUCACCGGUCCCUCGCAACUGUCCGCCAGCAGCAUUGCUCAUCAGCGCUUUCUAUAAAAGGCAUCUCACUCCUCCCUUCAAAGCCUCGUUUCAAUCGCAGCGUUUCAAGAGAGAGAACUAGAGAGAUCUCCGUUUCCUCCACCUUCUCAUCUCCGCCUUUGAAGAUGCUGGUGCAGCAGUAUCUCUUCGAAGGAAUCUUCGCUUCUCUGCUAGGGUUUGUACUUCUGUACGGAUUGCGCGGGAAGAAGAAGGCGGGGAAGAGAGCCGCUGAUAAGGCCGAGAUACGAUCAGAAGGUUGGAUGAGCUCCGGAGGCGGGGGAUGCAGAUCGGAUGGCGGUGGCAGCGCUACGGAUGUGAUUGUUGUUGGAGCUGGCGUUGCAGGCUCCGCUCUCGCUUACACACUCGGCAAGGAUGGACGCCGCGUGCAUGUGAUUGAGAGAGAUUUGACUGAGCCUGACAGAAUAGUUGGGGAAUUGUUACAACCAGGUGGCUACCUGAAAUUGGUUGAGUUGGGUCUUCAAGAUUGUGUGGAGGAAAUUGAUGCUCAACGAGUGCUUGGGUAUGCACUUUUCAAGGAUGGGAAAAGUUCUAAAGUCUCAUAUCCUUUGGACAAGUUCCAAUCUGAUGUGGCUGGAAGGACCUUUCAUAAUGGGCGUUUCAUACAGCGGAUGCGGGAGAAAGCUGCAUCUCUUCCCAAUAUUACAUUGGAGCAGGGAACUGUAACAUCCUUGCUUGAAGAAAAUGGGACUAUUAAGGGAGUUAAAUACAAAACGAAGACUGGCGAAGAAUUACAAGCAUAUGCUCCUCUUACAGUUGUAUGUGAUGGUUGUUUUUCAAAUUUGCGGCGGUCUCUCUGCAGCCCCAAGGUUGAUGUGCCAUCUUGUUUUGUUGGUGUGGUUCUGGAGAACUGUCAGCUUCCAUACCCGAACCAUGGGCAUGUUAUUUUAGCUGAUCCUUCUCCCAUAUUGUUUUAUCCAAUCAGCAGUACAGAGAUCCGCUGUUUAGUCGAUGUACCUGGGCAAAAGGUACCUUCCAUAGCUAAUGGUGAAAUGGCAAACUAUUUGAAGACUGUGGUGGCUCCUCAGAUCCCAGAGCAGCUGCGUGAUGCCUUUAUAUCUGCCAUCGAUAGAGGAAGCAUAAGAACAAUGCCAAAUAAGAGCAUGCCGGCUUCUCCUUAUCCCACUCCAGGGGCCCUUCUAAUGGGAGAUGCAUUCAAUAUGCGUCAUCCUUUAACUGGUGGUGGUAUGACAGUGGCAUUGUCUGACAUUGUUGUGCUACACAAUCUUCUUAAACCGUUGCGUGAUCUGCAUGAUGCAUCGUUGCUGUGCAAAUACCUGGAGUCCUUUUACACCUUGCGUAAGCCAGUUGCGUCUACUAUUAAUACCUUAGCAGAUGCACUAUACAAGGUUUUUUGUGCCUCACCUGAUCAAGCAAUGAAAGAGAUGCGGCAAGCAUGUUUUGAUUAUCUAAGCCUAGGAGGUAUUUUUUCAUCUGGGCCAGUAGCUUUGCUAUCAGGUCUCAACCCUCGCCCAUUGAGCCUGGUGGGCCAUUUCUUUGCUGUGGCUAUAUAUGGUGUUGGCCGUCUGUUUUUGAGAUACCCUUUUCCCAAGAGUUUGUUGAUCGGAGCUCGAUUGAUUUCGGGUGCAGCGAAUAUCAUUUUCCCCAUUAUAAAGGCAGAAGGGGUGAGGCAGAUGUUUUUUCCUGCGACCGUUCCUGCAUAUUACAGAGCUCCUCCCACUCCCUGAUUAAGAAAAGAAGGGAAACAUGAUAGCGGGGAUCGAUGUAGCUGGGUCUCACUUGAAUGCAGUCUGUCAAGAUGAAAUAGCUUGUAUCAGUAACUGUACCAUUUGAUGCAGGACAAUUAACCACUUGCUCUAAAAGAUCGAACUGUUAGAGUA